AUGUUUUACUCUGAAGCUAUUUUGUCGAAAAAGGGCCCACUUGCUAGAGUGUGGUUAGCAGCACACUGGGAAAGAAAAUUAAGUAAAACUCAAUUUUUGCAAACAAAUAUUCAGUCCUCUGUAGGGGCAAUCCUUAAACAAGAUCAACAACCAAUGGCUUUAAGAUUAUCAGGUCAAUUAUUACUGGGAGUUGUUCGCAUAUAUUCGCGAAAGGCGAAAUAUUUGUUAGAAGAUUGUACCGAGGCUCUUAACAAAAUUAAAUUAGCAUUUAGACAAGGUGAAGUUGAUAUACCCGAAGAUCAACGAAUCGCAAAUUUUGAAUCUAUCACAUUACCCGAUAACAUUACGGAAUUUGAUAUUUUGUUACCUGAUUCUAUCCCAGUUAAUACAACAAGUUCUAAUAUUUCUCGACCACAAGACAUAACCAUCAGAGACAAUUUUGAUAAUUCAUUAAAUUUAAAUAUUGGGGAAGAUUUGCUCGGAGAUGCUUUUGAUACAGAAGAUGGAAGAGGUCUUGAAUUAGAUUUGGAAGAUGAUCUGGAUCCCAAAAUAACAGGUCUCGAUGGUAAAUCUGAUAGUCACGCGGGGGAUGAAGGAUCACUUGACAUCGAAAUGGGGAGGGAUGCACAACACGAUAUUUCAUUUACAAUGGACGAUAUUAUCGGUGGUAAUAAAAAUCACAUGGAGGAUGACCCAUUAAUGAUGUUAGAUGAUGGAGGACCUGAUCUCGAUCUUCUUGAGGAAACAUUAGAUGAUGAACAAUUGAUUGAAUCGGGUCUCAGCCCUGGAAAUUUAGAUCCAGGUAUUAAUAUUGAUAUGGAUGUUGAUCCAACUGAAUUAAUUCUUAAUGAAACUAGAGUACAGGAAGAAAUGUUACCAGAUACUCAAAGAUUAACUCCUAUGUCUCCACUAAGCCCCGAACAUCAUGAGGACUUAUUUCGAAAUCAGGAAAUUGAUCAACCAAUAACGCAAACUCGAAGAAAACGUAAAUUAAUGUUAGAUGAAUUAACAGAAUUACCGAAUAAACAUAUCGCAAAUCAAAUCAAGGAUACAUCAGAUAUUACGAUGGAGCCUACUUAUCUUCCAUCAUCACGUAAAUUACUACGAAUAGGAGAAAUUCGUAAAAUGGGUGCUUCCUAUUAUCUUGAUUUAGAAGUUCCUCAUAAUAUUCUUCCCGAAUUUCAACAUUUAUUUGCUCGAAAACGACAACGAUUUACCCCUCCUCCAGAAGAACAUGAGCAAGAAAGAAAUGAAGCUGGUCCAUCAAGAAGCGUUCAUUUAGAGAAUCAUUUUGAAAUUGAGAAUGAUGACAAUUUGAAUGGUUUAGAUAUUAUAGAAACGAAUGAUAAUUUCAUCGCUGAUAAAGCAGAUUCAACACAAAAUAUUGAAAGAAAUGAGGAAGUUAAUCAAGAAAAUAUUUCAGAGAAAGCUGACAAAGGACAAAGUCCCAAAAACACUGAUAUUGAUAAAGAAAAAGGUGGUGAAAAGGUUGUUCAGGAUGAUAUUUCUAUUCAUGAACAAGAACAAAUUAUACAAACUACUCCGGAAGAACGGACAUCAGAAUAUGAUAUUGAUAUUGAUAAUAAUCUUGACAAUAAUUUUGACAAUAAUAAUUUUGAUAAUAAUUUUGACACGAUGUCACAUCACGAAAGUGGCGAUGCUGAAGUGAUUACUCCAGUUGAUUACGAAGAUUCCCCAUCUCCUCGAGGAAUAACCAUUUUUGAUCAAGAACAAGAGGAUCAACAGCAAAAUACAGAAACAACAUUCAGUAAAAACACGAUCAAAGCAAUGAAGCUUCUGAGAAGUAAAUGUCACGAGGAAAUAAGUGAAUCUGACACCCCAAAAGCACGUGUUGUGAGCUAUGAUCAAGUUGUUGGCACGGCUAAACGACAAGAUGCCGUCAAGUUAUUUUUCGAGUUGUUAGUUCUAAAUACCAAGGAUGUUAUUCACGUGCAGCAAAAACAAUCUUAUGGCGAUAUUCAAAUUCUAUGCAAGGACAAAUUAUUCGAUUUACUUGAAGAUGUACCCUCAUAA